UGUCUAUGCUGCUCGCCAGUGAAUGAGUCCGCUCAGACUCAUGCUGUUAAACAUUGCAGCCUCUUCCUCUCUUUUUCUUCCACCAUUCUCUCUGUCCUUCUCUGCCUUUGAAGCAGACAGAGGAGCAUCGACACGGCAACGGAGCCACCAACGAGCCACGGAGAAGCCUGGAAACGAACCUUGCUGAGGGCGCUAGGAGCUUCUGAACAUUUCUAACAACAGCUGAUAAAUCUGUGAAACAUUUCCAAAGGCAGGUAGAAGCAACAGAUUGCCCUUUAGGUGCAACUGUUGCUGGUAGCCCACCUGAUCUGAGACAAAGCUGGCAUCUGUGGAUUUGGAAAGACAGUUUCUCUGAAUGCAAGAAAAGCAUUUGCUCUGCCCAAAGCAGGAGGAACUAACAAUGUCAGGCGACAAGAAGAGAGAUCUUUAAUUCAAUUGGGAAAGCAACACGGUUCAAGGCGUGAACAUCACCUUCACCACCAUCAUCAUCUUCUCCUAUCAUUCAUCGUUUUGCAGAAACCAAAGACCACAAGUCAUUUGUAUUCACAAAAUAGAUGGAGGAUGUUAGUUCAGAGGUAAGCUGUGAAUCGCAAAGAGCAACACCGAACCUAAUCCGUGUAAAGAUGCAGAUAAGGGUCACCAAGUGAUGCCAGAAAAUCCACAAUGAAAUGACUUCUGAAGACAGGUAAAAGAGCAGGAUGUAUUCAAGUAUAUAAUAAAGAAGAAAUCAAGAAAAACUAGCAAUGUCAGGCAGAUGUUCUUUUCAAACAAAAACUGGAUGAACACGAAGAAAGCGAGCAUCCAUAUCUCGCUAGAAUACUUUCUUUUUUCUAUGAUGUUUUUGCACCUGUGGAGGUUGCUUCUUUAAAAUCAUUCAAACCUUACUUUCUCCUUAACUUUUGCUGCAAAGUGCUGCAACUAAAUCUCUGCACCGAUUUAAGGCGGUGUUGGCAUUCUUGUUCCGACUCUACUUUUCGGGGUGAAGUGGAUCUGCCGUGGGGGCAGCUGACAGCCGUCCAAGACGCCGCGAGCCGUACUCCGCGUGAAGAAUGCCCAGCCGCGCUUGGCCAAGCCGGCCGACCCGGGCCCGACGGCGGGCCUCUACAUGGAGAGAUCACAGAGCCGCAUCAGCCUCUCGGCGUCCUUUGAGGCCCUCGCCAUCUACUUCCCGUGUAUGAACUCCUUCGAUGAGGACGAUGGUGUGGAUACAGAUGGCAGAAAGUUGAAGGGAGCCAUCCAGAGGAGCACGGAGACGGGUUUGGCUGUGGAGAUGCCCAGUCGGACCGUCCGCCAGGCCAGCCAUGAAUCCAUAGAGGACAGUAUGAACAGCUACGGCUCUGAGGGGAAUCUUAACUACAGUGGGAUGUGUCUUGCAUCUGAUGCUCAGUUCAGUGAUUUCUUGGAUGGGAUGGGACCAGCCCAGUUUGUUGGGAGACAGACGCUUGCAAUGACAUCCAUGGGUGAUGUAGAAAUCGGCCUGAUGGAAAGAAACGGAGGUCUGGAAGUAGAAGUUGUUCAAGCCAGAAGACUCACCAUAAAACCAGGUUCAAAGGGACCUCCAGCGGCGUACAUCAAAGUUUACCUCCUAGAGAACGGGAUCUGUGUGGCCAAGAAAAAGACCAAAGCAGUGAGGAAGUCUCUGGAUCCUCUCUACAAUCAGGUCCUGGUCUUUUCUGAAAGCCCACAGGGGAAAGUGGUGCAGGUGAUUGUUUGGGGGAACUAUGGACGAAUGGACCGCAAAAGCUUCAUGGGCGUAGCUCGAAUUCUGUUGGAGGAGCUUGACCUCAGCACGAUGGUGAUUGGCUGGUACAAGUUGUUCCCUAGCUCCUCAAUGGUGGAUCCAACAAUGGCGCCACUCAUCCGCCACUCAUCUCAAAUGUCGCUGGAGAGCACCAUUGGACCAUGUUGUGAGAGAUCCUAAGACUCAUGAAAAAACUGUAAAGUUUUAUGUUUUUGCUCAGAUUCUAUUGCUAAACUGAGUCUGAAGACAUGUUUUUUUAAAACCCUGUAGCUCUGCACCCAGGUCAGCCAGACAGUACUUCACCUGGACCAGGAACAUGAUAGGAUUCACUCUCAAAAGGAAUUUUACAAGUCUAUCCACACUCGGGAAUAAUUGCAAUUGAAAAGUUAUUGUGCUAACCAGCUGGUUAUCCUGCAUUCAUUUGAAAUGUAUAAGAAUUUUGAAACCGUAUCAGAUUGUUUCCUGUGACUCAUAGGAACCACAUUUCUUUUGUUGUUGUAACCAACCAUCCCUCAGACUCAAAGGGAAAUUUCACUCUCUUCAGAUCUCUUUGAUGGAAAAAAAGAAAAACCUCCUUAAUGAGGAUACUUCAAAGCAGAGCUUGGCUGCCGACAUUGAUUACAUCCUAUUGGGACACUGCAGGCUCAGUUUUGCUUCAGCUUCCCGCCUUCUUUGCAGCCUACAUUCAACCCUCAUUCCCAGGGCUGCUUGUUGUCUUUCUAAAUCCUUAUUAGUGACUGGAUGACUCCUGAGUAAAAUCUGACUAUUCACCCUACUGAUCUAAAAGUCAGUCCACAUCAACUGUUUGAGAACCUAGCUCCUAUCAAUAGAUAUUUAUGCAACAGGACUAAAUUAUGUGUUGCAUUUAACCAAGAAAUGAUGGAUUCAAUCAUGCAAAAUAAGCUGUUUUUUUUUUUCUUUUUGCGUAUUUCACAUUAGCAGAUUGUUCAACUCCUUGGCUAACACUUUAAAUAUGUGAGUGAUCUAGGCAUGGCUGACAGCUGUUGUAGCCUCUGGAAGGAUCCAGAUCUUAACCUAAAGUUAGGAAUCAUGAGCACACAGUUUGUUAGAGCCUCGUCUCAUAGCAUUUAGCUGCAAUUAACUGGUUCACCUGUGGACCUAAGGUAUAGGGCUUAAUUGUUCUCAAUCCCCAAUGCAAAGUACUAAUGUUUGCUAAUUCCACUGGUAAAUAACUCACAUCAAUUGAAGUGCUUUCAGUCAGUUAAGUUGAUGUUGUGUUGGUUAUAAACAGAAAUAUACAUCCUUUCUAGUAACAAAAAAGUGACUUUUUGAAUAUAGUUUUAGUCUAAUUAGAGUUUCAAUGCCUGUGCAGUCAAAGAUAAUUACAACAAAGAAAUAUUCUGAGUCUUUUCUGUGAAUUGUGAAUUCUUGUGUAAAAAACAAUUAUAAAAGUCCUCCGGAUUAUUUCCUGGUGCAAAAACUGAAAAUUGCAGUUACGAACAAUCUUACACCUAAAUUAAGUAACCUUUUAUGCAUGCAAUCUAUUCUAUUAGAUUAUGAUUUUACUGUAAAGUAGCUAAUGUUAAAAGCAUGACAUUAGCACAAUUAAAUCUUGUUGAGGCCUAAUGUACCCAGUAUGAAACAGCUAGGUAUAAACUGCGUCUAAAACAGUGUUUGGUCUUUUUUUUUUUUUUUUUCUUUGGUUUUGGUCGGUUCAUUUUCAACUUCCUUGUGCAGGUCACACUGAAUGCAGUGGUCAGUAUUACUGAGUUGUAUUACUAUAAAAAAAGGGAAAAGUUAAAUCUUGGUAGCUGUAAAGAGCCAACAGUUACCUGUGUACCCUGGUGCAGUUGUAGCAUGCUCCUUAACCAGAUUUCUAACAUUCCUCUCUUCUUUUUUAAGCUUUGGUGAAUAACAGUUUCUGUUGUGCCAAUUUUGCAACCAGCACGUGUCUUCUUCCACUUCCUCAGUUACCUUUUGGCAUGUGCCAUUGUGAGGGGACAGCAGAAAUAUCCACUUGCACCAUCUAACAGCAGCAUUCAGGCUGUGCAGAGAAGCGUCCCUUUCAUUCUAAAUUAAAGCCCUGAUCCCCUGAAAGCCAAGCCACCUGGUGAUUAGCCAUGCUUCGACUGAAAACUGGAGGGAGGAAGAGAGGAAGGAAAAGGAGAGUGAGAAAGAGAGCAUGAAAUGUUCUUUGCACCAUCCAAACAAAGGAUCUGUCUGGAAUGACGUCAUGUUUUACAGACUUCAAAAGAGAACAGAGAAAUAGGAUGAACUUAAAAGGAACACAAUGUGCACACUGUAGAGACAUUUUAUUACAGAGCAAAAAUCAUUUAUUUGGGCACUUUAAGAACCUAAUGUCUUUUUCUAUGUAAAUAUUACCACUGUUUGUGUCUUUUGGUGUGAGCCAAAGUAAAUCUGUCUUGAUUAAUGUUAAAACACAAUGGAAGGAGGCAAAGAUAUCCUAUCCUGAGACUGUUGCAUUAGUUGGUAGCAUCUGCAUGACAAGGUUAAAAACGUCUUCUACUUAGCACAAAACCUGAUAACAUUUAGCAUGAGCUAUAAAUUACACAGAGGGGUCAGAAAGAGAACCAAAAUAAAAGCAUUGGUUUGAAUUGAGGAACAUUUCUAUGUAGCAUUUUGAUUCAGUUUCUUAAUAUGUUUUGAUUUCAGCUGGUUCUUUUUAAAAAGACAGAAGAAAGAUAAAGUUUCACAUCGAGAGAUUUACUUUUUUGUUAGCUAGAGACAACAUUUCUGAUUAAAACCAGUCCGGUUCCUGUAUUCAUGCUCUAAUACAAAUAAUUUUUUUAAGACUUGGCAAAAGUUGCCUCUGCUUUGUCAGUAGCAUUGUUACACGGAUAUUGAAGCAGUUUUCAAGCAAAUCCGUUGCAUUCUGUAAAGCAAUAAAAUAUCCAGAUUUUUUGGUAUUCACACACAAUACAAACCUACAAAACUAAUGAUUUUCAUCAGUUUAUUAAUUGUGUUUGACAACCCAAUUUAGAUGGGAGGUAUAUGCUUUGCAUGUAUGUAUGUUUAAACACAUUUGACACGCACUUUGUAAUAAAGAAAAUCCCAACUAGACACUUUUGUUGAGAUUAAUUACCUACUUAUCAGUGUUUAAAUUCCCUAUAGAGAGGCUACAUACCUUUUGUACAUUCACAAAUUUUGUGUAAAUGUAUAAAUAGCUGAAGCUAGGAGAGUCAUCCUUUGCCCAGGAAUCAUUGUCAGCUCUGAUUUGUCAAUUCUUUUAAGUUAAAUAUUGCCUGGUUCAUACAGCAGGAUUUUUAUUUCAAUUUUUGACCCCAUCUUCCACCUUCUGACAUGCCCUGAUCAUCGUGAUGACUGUUAAGAUAAUCCUAUGAGAUAUUCCUGCUAUGCGUGGUGUGUUAAGAGUGAUGUAAUCUGCUACUCUGAACUUACGUUUGAUCUCGAGAGGUUUUGCGAGAUUUCCCGUCUGACAUGUUCGCGAGUGAAAUCUGUUUGUUUUGUAUUGUGCUGGCUGUGUGGCUGUGCACAAUGCACUGUAGGACCAAAUCGGUUGUAUCUACAAUUUUUUUUCGGAAUGUGUGGGGUCUCUCAGGUUUUGAAAAUCAACCGACAAUUUUUAAAUCUUGCCGUGUGAAUCAGGCAUUGGGCUCGGCCCAAAGUUCCAUAUCAGCUCUGAAGAAACUGAAGGAUUUGAGGUCAAAAGCACACCGGGCUGAACUCGCUGCAAGACAAAUCCUGUACUCGACAGUAGAGUUUUGUAGAAAAGAGAUGGAGUUUUAAAGACAAUAAGCAGAUAAUGGCUCUGCUUGAAAAGUGAAAGGUGCUGUGUUCAGCUAUAAUUAUGAAUUUGUCUGGAAGUACUAGUGACAGAGGGGAAGGCAAACAUCAAAAGAAAAGAAAGUUGUCAUGAAACAUCCAGAGAGCAGCUGUGGAAGGAACUCUGUUUCCAGAUCUCCAGCUUUUUUUCAGCUCAGUCAGGGGACGUAUGAUGGAUAUCUUGUAUCGGUGUACAACUGUUACACCAAACUAAAUUCUAACCACAGCAAAGUGCUAGGCUCAUCAAGCUUUGCACUGGUCUGCACUUUCACUUUGCUCACUAUAGGGCAAAACUGUUGAGGCAUGUACAACACAAAUGAUUGUUUUCAGAGUACUGUGCUACGAUUGCAGUGUCUGAUUUGAAAGCCCCUUAAGUGUGCCCUCAAAUUGGAUAAAGACCCUGCUGCAGUGCAGAAAAAUACACUGCUCCAGUGUAGAAAUCCACAACAUGAAUGGUCUUUGCAGGGUCUUGGCAAGUUUCCCAGGACUCUCCAUUAUAAGUGAUUUAGCUUGAAAAUUUGUCAGCAGCUUUGAGCAUACAAACCCCCCCAGAACGAGGUCAUUGUGGUUUCUUGUUAUAGUGUUGGCAGCUAUUAUUACAUUUUUAAGAUCAGACAACCAGAUAUGCUGGUAGCAUAAUCCAUGUGCAUUUUUUUUUUCUUGCAAUAUAUUUCAAGGAGAGAAUCAACUGGUGUAAAAUUCUGAGCUGAACUGUCAGACUCCAUUUUGUUGGAUGCAGGAUCGUUUUAGACAACGAGAUUUACAUUUAGUAGCGUGUUAAUAAAAUAUUCUUAACAAUUAGAAUAACCAAUGGCUGAAAAAAACCAUUACAUUACUAUUUUCAAACUUCAGGUUAUGUUAGUAAAGCUGUAUGAAUAUCAUAUAAACAUAUUUAUAUCUACAUGAAAUAACUUCUAACUAUGACCCAGGGAAUGUGUUUACUUUUUGUGCCAAAAUUAUAAUUUAUUUGUGAGAACUAAAAACCCAAGUGAUCAACAUUGGGAAAGGAACUUCUACCUGACUUUAAAUUUAGAAAGGAAGUCAGAUUUUAUUCCUAUUAGUUCAACAAUAUGUCUACACUCAAUAAGAGGUGUCCUGUACCCCACUUAAAUGCCACAUUGUAUAAGUCUGUAGAUUUAGCCAAGAUAAACCCUAAUGAGAGUUACACUUGUAAAGUUACUGCCUGUCCAUGUCACUUACACAAUAACAUGCAUUAAUUUGGCAUUAAAUAAAAGAAGUUGGCAAAUUUACUUGAUUGCAAUACCCUAGUAGCUAAUCUAAAAUUCCCUCUGAUGGCAUGUAUCAUGUGGCAUGUAUGCGGUAAGUAGCUUUUCUAAGGAGGAAAUUCGCUGAAAUGUUUCUGUGCUAAUGAUAGGAAGGAAACAAAGUGUACAUUGCCACCACUGACAGAAUCAAAGCCACUUGUUAGAAAUGAUUGUAUACUUUUGUUUGUCGAAAGCUGCUUUGUCUGCAACUUUAGGGUUAUUUCAGAUGUUUUGUUACUUUAAAGUCUAAUAAAUGAGUAAUGUUAUAGUUCUCACCAAAACUUGUAGGUUUAUGGUUUCCCUAUGAUUCUGUCUGUCACUUGAAUGUUAAAAUGUAUACUUUUAUGAAUUGUAAUGUAAGUAGAGGCCUUUAAACACAUGAUACACAUUAUGUCCGGCCUAAGGACAAGGAAUGGUCAUGUUAUUGUAUCCAAACAUUGCAAAAACAACAACCACAACAACAAAAAAACGGUUUAACGGUGUCACCCUUUCAACCCAUUACCAGCUGUUCUGAAACUAUGGAGGUAUUUAUUUUCUGUGUGUGUUUCAAACAAAUUUUUCAGACUUAUAUUUCCACCUCCUUGGUUUGGGCCGAUAUGAACUGCUGAUUUUUUUUUUUUAUAUCUUUGAAAUCUAUGUUUUGAGUCAAUCAAGUAAAGAUAAACACUGGAAUGUUGCCAUUUAAUAAGAAUUUUAGUGCACUUUUGCUGAUUUCUUUUGAACUUCUUUAAGGUUGCAUUUCUGUAAAACACAGUAGUUCUUCCAGUGAUUAAAACACACUAUUUUAUGUGGAUAGUUCAAUAUUUUAAGAAAUCUACAAUUUCUCCGCCUUUCCAGUUAAGAUCACAUUAUCAUUUGGCUUGAUAAUUUUUUAUAUUAGCAUUUUUGUUGCAACACACAUGACUACAUUAAUACAACCAAUAUCAGUUUAUUAGUUAAACAAGAGUGUUUACAGAUAUUCAGUUAAAUAAUUAAUUAGGUCAUAAUAUCAUGAACUUCGAUAAUGACAAAUAGGCAACUAUUCUAACUGGUUCAAUCAACUAUUCUUUCUCUUCACUUUUUAAAUAAUAAUUUAAAUCAAAUAUACUGUUUGAAUAACAAUGUCUGGCCUGCUAUAAAUGUGUACUAAAAUUUCAGCUUUCUAUUUCUCUGGAAGAAUUGGGAAACUAUUUUAAGGCUGUAACCUUUAGUUUUACUUCAUCAUUUACAUGCUGUAACUAAAACACUCAGGUGGAUUGGUUCAGAUGAUGUUUUGAUCUGUUUAGGACACUCACUGGAAAUUUGCCUGUUUUAGCAGAAAAAGCACCUAAAAGGAUUGGCUUUAAAGUCCAAUAGACACUGCUCAGAAAAAUGCUUUUCUUACUGAGUGACAAAAUAUUUUGGACGUUUUUUUUAUCUGUUUUUAAAUUGAUAGCAUGUCAUUUUGAAAGAACAUAACGUUGAAGGAGUGGGAGGAUGUAAGGGUUGAUACAACACCUUCGUGGCUGUUACAAAACAUUAGCUGGUGGAUCCCAGUAGCAUAAGAUUUCCUCUUCUCUGCUGUGGUGCAGACACAGCAGUUAUUAAACUACACCCCCUCCAUUCAAGAUACCCUCUGUCUUCCCUAAACAAUAUACAUAAAAAUGUUCCUUCACAUCCCAUCGGACGCAUCCUCCCAUCUGAUGUGUCCCACAUUAACACGAGUGAAAACAUGUUCAGGCUGUGUGACACCAGUGAGAAUCAAAGUGCAAUCAUCUUUCAUCUCAGAGUUCUGGUGUUAGUCAUAUUUUGCCAGGCUUACACCGGUGAGCCCCCCAAAAACAUCCAAAUGUCCCCUAUUGCUGUUACGAUACAAAGCCAUAUUAUUUUCAUUCACAGCCUUCUGUUUUCCUCUGUCAUGAGCAUUUACCCAGGGAUAGUUUGCCAAGUCUGUGAUUCUGUUUUAAGUCUCACCUUCACUGGUCUAAACUGUCUGUAGAUUUUUGCCUGUUAACUACUGAAUAUCUUCACUUGGAAAAAAAAUCAUCUUUUUACAUUUGAGCAAAAUAAGAUGUCUAUUUCCUUUUUUUUAGCUUGACUUGAUCAGCAUCAACAAAUGUUAGCAUAAACCUGGUGUUAUCCGAGCCCUAAGCAGCAGAAGCAUGUGUGCAUUGCUUUUAUUUGUUGCUCAUGUUUGAACAACUUGAAUACUUAUUUGUUAUCAGGGGAGUAAAACAAGGAUGUACCUUUUAGUUUUAUUCACUGCAUUUAGAUUCAGGCUAUAUUUGCAGAUUAUUUGAGAAACUAUUCUGUUGUUGAGUAAAUGCACAAUCUGGUGUACUGUUAUUCUAUUCCAGCUGUCAAUAAAAUGAUUUAAAGCCA